GGCUCGCCGCGCCGGGGUGAGAGGGCCUCGCUGAGAACUGGCGGGUAGGCGAGCAGACUGCUGGGGCCUGGGUGGCUCCCGAGCGGCGCUUGUGCAGGCAGCCGGCCCCGCCCAGCGCAGCCUCCUCCCGCCAGGCCCGGGCGGGCUCCCGCUGCCCAGCGCCCGAGCCUGAGGUGGGAUCUGGUGGACCCCGCUGCCGUCCCUCGCCCGUGAGGCCCUGCCCGCGAGCUCCCUCCCCCGCCUUCCGCGGCGCCCUUUCCAGAGACGGCGCCCUCCCCGAGGCGGCCCCACAGUGGACCCUUCCCUCGCCUCCGGCCUGCGCCCAGCGGGGCUCCUGCGGCGGCCGCAGCCCCCGGUCGCCCUCCCCGGGCGUUCCGCCUUGCCUUUCCGGCUUUGCCCGAGAGUCCUGCGCUGUGGGAAGCUGAGCUGAGGAGGCGCGGCUGGAGGUGGAGCGCGCAGCUUCCCUCUGCCUUCGGAAAAAGGACCGCCCUUCAGUACUCGGGAGGAUGAAAGUCAUCACGUGUGAAAUAGCCUGGCACAACAAGGAGCCUGUGUACAGCCUGGACUUCCAGCAUGCCACGUCUGGCCGGGUCCACAGACUGGCGUCUGCGGGGGUGGACACCGCUGUCCGGAUCUGGAAGGUAGAAAAAGGACCAGAUGGAAAAGCCAUUGUGGAAUUUUUAUCCAAUCUUGCUCGUCAUACCAAAGCUGUCAAUGUGGUGCGUUUUUCUCCAACUGGGGAAAUUUUAGCAUCAGGAGGAGAUGAUGCUGUCAUUCUGUUGUGGAAGGUGAAUGAUAACAAGGAGCCAGAACAGAUUGCUUUUCAGGAUGAGGAUGAGGCUCAGCUGAAUAAGGAGAACUGGACUGUUGUAAAAACCCUGAGGGGCCACUUAGAAGAUGUUUAUGAUAUUUGCUGGGCAACUGAUGGGAAUUUAAUGGCUUCUGCCUCUGUGGAUAACACAGCCAUCAUAUGGGAUGUUAGUAAAGGACAAAAGAUUUCAAUUUUUAAUGAACAUAAAAGCUAUGUACAAGGAGUAACCUGGGAUCCUUUGGGUCAAUAUGUUGCUACUCUAAGCUGUGACAGGGUAUUGAGGGUGUACAGCACACAGAAGAAGCGUGUGGCUUUUAAUGUUUCAAAGAUGCUGUCUGGAAUUGGGGCCGAAGGAGAGGUGAGAAGUUACCGGAUGUUCCAUGAUGACAGUAUGAAGUCCUUCUUUCGUAGACUCAGUUUUACUCCUGAUGGAUCUUUGCUCCUCGCCCCAGCUGGAUGUGUGGAAUCCGGUGAAAAUGUAAUGAAUACAACUUAUGUUUUCUCCAGGAAAAAUCUCAAAAGGCCUAUUGCCCAUCUUCCAUGUCCUAGCAAAGCCACGCUCGCUGUUCGCUGCUGCCCUGUCUACUUCGAAUUGAGGCCGUUGAUGGAAACAGAUCAGGGAUCACAUGAGCCAGCCAUGGAACUGUUGAGCCUGCCCUACCGCGUGGUGUUUGCAGUGGCUUCUGAGGAUUCCGUGCUGCUCUAUGACACCCAGCAGCCUUUCCCCUUUGGCUUCGUGUCUAACAUACAUUACCACACCCUGAGUGAUAUUUCGUGGUCCAGCGAUGGGGCUUUCCUGGCCAUUUCUUCCACAGAUGGUUAUUGCUCAUUUGUGACAUUUGAGAAAGAUGAACUUGGCAUUCCGUUGAAAGAGAAGCCUGUUUUGAGCAUGAGAACUCUUGAUAAAGCAAAGAAAACUAAAAGUCAGAUGCACCAAGGAUCUUUACCAGGACCCAGAUUGGGAGAGGGGACCCCCAGCAGCAGAAUCCACGACUCCAGCAGUCCCUCUACAAGUCCCUCGUCAUCUGGACAGCCUCCAGCCCCAGCAGCCCUCAAGGACACUCCUUCAGUAACUCCUGGCAUCAAAAACUCCUUGCCAGGGCCUUCAGAGGAGAAGACCCUACAGCCCAGUAGUCAAAACACGAAAGCGCACCCAUCCCGGAGGGUCACUCUGAACACAUUACAAGCCUGGAGCAAGACCACCCCCCGGAGAAUAAAUUUAACACCCUUAAAGUCAGGUACACCACCAAAUUCUGUACCAACCAGUAUAAUUUCUACCUCUUCCACAGAAGAAAUUCAGUUAGAGAUGCCUGGAGACCCUCAGGGCAGUCCUCCAGAGCUCAAGCAGCCCAGACUUGACGAGGACCGAGGAAGCCCCCAAAGCCUGGACCCUUGCUAGGACCUUGACUGCUGCCCGUGGGCCUGCUGGGCAGUGCCUGGGCAUGUAGCAAGGCAGCGAGGAGGGAGACGCCCAGGCCAGUGGCAUCGGAGCCAAAUAGACAUUCAGAAGUUGAUUUCUGUAACAGAAAAAGCACAUGUACUGAUUUUUCUCCAGAAAUACGCAUACUUUUGUAUUUGGUAUCCAUCUUUACCAUGGGGAUGUGACUGUUGUAAUAGACUAAAUCCUCUUUUUGGUGAGUUUCUGAAACUGGAGCAUUCAACAUUAUUUGAGGUGAAAAUCAGUAAAUCCUUCCUUGAAACUGUCAGGAAAGUACAGCUGUGCUGUGGGGGACUUGCAACACAGGAGCAGAGAGAAGAGAAAGUGAUUUGAGGAGGUUUAUAUUGUUGAUUUUUAGAAUGUUAGAAGUGAUUAUUAGAUUUAGCUUCUAAUUAGUUGAUUAUUCAAAUUUUAGAAGUUAUGUUUUUUCCCUGAUUUUAAAGGUAAUAAUGCUCAUUCUGGAAAGUUAGUAAACUACAGUGAAGAAAAAAAAUAAAUGGGGCUGGAGGUGAGACUCCCUCAUUAUCUCACUAUUAGAAGAAACUCUUGUUGAUUUCUAAGCAUAUUUUCUUCUUAGCAUUUUUAUGGAUUUUUCUUUUUAAAGACAGCUGAGAUUUUACUUCAGAUACAAUUUGUAUCUGAAUAGGUUUACUUUUUAGAUUGGCUUUUCAAAGCCAAAAAAAAAAAAACCCCAAAACAGCAGUUUAUGUCUCUUGCUUUCCCUGGGACCCAGGAAAAUCAUAUGUUCUCUUUUUCUAUUAGGAAUAAAUGUGAGAGUUGGCACUGGGUGUAGGAGGGGCUGUUGUCGUCUGAGGGCGGCCAUCUCGGGAGUUUGGAGCCUCUCAGCUCAGGACGUGCUUCCUGGGUGAUGUGGUUGAGAGGUGGUUAGUUACCUGAUGGCACAUGGGCUAGGCUCACUUUAGAAGCUCAUGCAGCUACUGUGCUGACAAGAGUUGCAUGAUGUCUGCUGCUUUCACACAUGGCCUGGACAAGCCAUGCAGAUAAGGGUGGUGAGCCCAGGGCUUCCUUCCCAGGCUGGAACAGACCACAGAGUGAAGGAUGGAGUGGGCUGAGGAGAGGAAGAACAUUCUUCUUAGCUUUGUCUGUAACAACAAAGAAAAUGGGAAGAAGCAUCAGUUUGUUGCUUAAUCCACAUCUGGGUAAACCAGAAGGAGUUUGCCAUUCUUUAGAUAAGAAGGUGUAAAGUCAGGAUGACUCAUGGCAUGGAGAACUGACAGGUGAAUGUGUAUGCACUUGUUAUAAUGCAGGUGUGGGUUACAUCAAGAAGGAAAAGGUUUAACUUGUCAUGUACUGUCCCUUUUGACCAGUGGUUCUAAGUUGUAGCUGUGCACUGAGGUCACACCAAGAACUGACAUCACCCCUAGGCCUGGGGCCCCCGCCAGAAAAACAGCUACAAACCACACAUGUAGCUGGUGGUUGUUGAUCAUUUUGAUCACAUGUUCCUGAUCUCAGUGAGCAGCCUGUUUCCCAGCCACACUCAAGGCAGGGACAGUGUCAGGUUUAAAAAAAUCUGUCUCUUGUACAACUAAAAUGGGGGAACUAAGGGGGAGGCAGGGACACACCUUCAGCCAGACUACUAACUGCCUGUUCAUCAGCUGUCACUCUUGAAUAUAAAUGAUAAAAUUGGCAAUAAAUGACAGUGAUGUCACUUUAUUGUGGUCUAAAACCCA